ACCUCCAUGAAGAAGAAGACCUCAUAAACCUUCGAAUAAACCUCUCACAUCAAUCAUCUUCCUCAUAUAUCAACACGCACGAAAGCUAUGGUAGGAGCUUCGAGAACAAUCCUCUCCCUCUCUCUCUCUUCCUCACUCUUCACCUUCUCCAGAAUCCCUCACGUUGUCCCAUUUCUCCGCCUCCAUAAACCUUCCUCUAGAUUCUACCACGCUUUUCGUCCUCUUUGCGCCGCCGCGACUGCUCCUACGGAAACUAAUAUCGCAGAUCCAGACCAAUUAAAGCACACGAUCUUGCUUGAGAGGCUUCGGCUCCGUCAUUUGAAGGAAUCAGCGCCGAAACCACAACAGAGACCGAGCAGCGUUGUUGGCGCAGAGGAAGAAAACAACAGUAACAGCAGGAGAAAGAAUAAGCUGGCUGAGAAUUUCGAGGAGCUAGGGCUAAGCGAGGAAGUAAUGGGAGCUUUGAAAGAGUUGAACAUUGAGGUUCCUACUGAGAUUCAGUGUAUCGGAAUACCUUCUGUUAUGGAACGAAAGAGCGUCGUCUUGGGUUCGCACACUGGUUCCGGCAAGACUCUUGCCUAUUUGCUUCCUAUUGUUCAGCUGAUGAGAGAAGAUGAGGCAUCUCUUGGUAAAAUAACAAAGCCUAGGCGUCCAAGGACUGUUGUUCUUUGUCCCACAAGAGAACUAUCUGAACAGGUUUACCGUGUGGCGAAGUCCGUAAGCCACCACGCGAGGUUCAGAUGUACAUUGAUCAGUGGUGGUUCUCGGAUAAGACCACAGGAGGAUUCUUUGAACAAUGCAAUAGACAUGGUUGUUGGAACACCUGGUAGGAUUCUUCAGCAUAUCGAAGAGGGAAACAUGGUCUAUGGAGAUAUCACAUAUUUGGUGCUAGAUGAGGCAGAUACUAUGUUUGAUCGUGGCUUUGGUCCCGAUAUUCGUAAAUUCCUUGCCCCAUUGAAACAGCGUGCGUUAAAAGCAAAUGACCAAGGAUUUCAAACCGUCUUAGUCACUGCUACUAUGACAACGGCUGUUCAGAAGUUAGUCGAUGAGGAGUUUCAAGGGAUAGAGCAUUUGCGAACAUCAACGUUGCAUAAAAAGAUAGCAAACGCUCGGCAUGACUUCGUCAAGCUAUCAGGUAGUGAAGAUAAGCUAGAAGCACUACUACAGGUUCUUGAACCUAGCUUAGCCAAAGGGAGCAAGGUGAUGGUCUUCUGUAACACUUUGAACUCAAGUCGCGCCGUUGAUCACUAUCUUUCUGAAAACCAGAUCUCCACUGUGAAUUAUCACGGUGAAGUUCCAGCAGAACAAAGGGUUGAGAACUUGAAAAAGUUUAAAGACGAAGAAGGAGACUGUCCCACACUAGUGUGCACGGAUUUGGCUGCGAGGGGUCUGGACCUCGACGUAGAUCACGUAAUCAUGUUUGAUUUCCCAAAGAACUCUAUCGACUACCUUCAUCGCACUGGAAGGACAGCUCGCAUGGGUGCUAAAGGAAAAGUGACGAGCCUGAUAAGCAGGAAGGACCAAAUGUUAGCUGGAAGAAUCGAAGAAGCUAUGAGAAACAACGAGAGCUUGGAAUCACUCACAAACGAUAAUGUGAGGAGAGACGCUGCGAGAACACAAAUCACUCAAGAGAAAGGAAGGAGCGUUAAGCAGAUCAGAGAAGUGAGCAAGCAACGGAACACCAGAGACAGAGGAGCAUCAUCUCCUCCUCCUGCGAGAUCAACUGGUGUGAAGACACCAUUGAGAAAGUCAACUUCAACUUCAGCGAGAAAGUCAACUUCAACUUCAGCGAGAAAGUCAACUCCGGUUUCAAAACCCCGAAAAUCAUCAUCUCCUCCAGAAAAAUCUACAAAACCGAAAAGAAAAAUACUAAAAACUGUUGGAUCAAGAUCGAUUGCUGCGAGGGGCAAGAAGGGUUCAGAGAGAACAGGUAAGAAAAUAAGUGUUGUUGGUUUCAGAGGUCGAUCUUCUACGGCAAGAGCCUCUUAAUUUAACAUUCUGGUAACUUAAUGAAGUCAAUGGUGAAAGUGAAUUAUGUUCGGAUUAUGAUUACUAGAACGUUAUAGAUGAAUCGUCUUAA